GCUUGCGUGGUGUCUCAUGGUGUAUUGGUCACCUGCAGCGGAAGGUUCGAGUUGAAAUGGCGAGGGAUAUAAAAGAGCGUCGCCUUACUAGUUCUGCAAUCAUCCAAACUUGAAGCAACGAUGUCUGUCUACUAUUACGAGCCCUUCUACAACUUUGACCGUCUUCUCGACGCCUUCGGCAGUCGUCCCAUCGGGCAGCAGUUGACAGCGCCUAAUGAGCCUACGACGUCCGUGUUCAGGCCAAAAAUGGACCUGCACGAAGACACAGCCAAGAACACCGUAACCGCUACCUUCGAGCUGCCGGGCCUCAAGAAAGAGGACGUGCAGAUUGACGUGCACGAUGGUCGUCUCACCAUCUCCGGAGAGGUCAAGACCUCCUCUGAAUACGAGGAGGAAGGCUACGCUGUUCGUGAGCGCAAGUGCGGCAAGUUUUCGAGGAUGUUGAGGCUUCCUCAGUCCGUCAAGGAAUCCGAAAUCAAGGCCUCCUUUGAAAAUGGAUUGUUGACGGUCAAGUUCCCCAAGGCCGCUGCUGAGACGGCGCCGAAGAAGAUCACGAUUUCUUAAACACAAAGUUGAAUUGAAUGUUAGGAACGCAGAAUAUUGUAUCAGUAGUUGAAUGAGAAAUUGUAUUUUGUAGGAGAUUA